CUGCUUUUCCACAAAUCAAGCUCUAUCAAUAACUUGAACACCCAGGAGAGAUGUAACUGAAGCACUGUGUCACACUUUCUUUCAAAAUUCUGAUAUAAGUUUGGCUAACAUUCGUCUGGUCGACGAGGUACCAUGACGAAGCAAGCCGUCUUGCCAUGCCACUUAACCGAGGCGUGUCGACAACGGCUCAUCUCCUUCCUCAUCAUCCAGCUCAUCCUCGGUCUCCUCUGCGGCACCGCACUCAUCGGCGUCGGAUUAUACAUACGAAGCCACAUCCGAGCCAAAGUCAACCUCAUCGAGAAUUACGACUUCGAACAGCUUCCCAUCACUCUCAUGGUCGUCGGUGGUCUCACCGUUCUCGUUAACCCAAUCGUCGGCAAGAUCGGCCACGAGGCGUCUUUCUCGUGGAAGAGGGAGAAGCUCCGAAAUGGCUUGCUCACUAUGGUGGUAAUCCUCAGUAUCGUCGAUAUAGGGUUGCUGAUAGCAGGCUCGAUGACAUUCAUCCACCGUCAAACUUUGAGGAAGUCGUUUCACAGCGGGCUCGAAAGCGCCAUGAAGAAAUACAAGGACGACAUAGAGAUCAAGGUGGAAAUUGAUUCGCUCCAACUGGAACUCGGAUGCUGUGGAAACGAAAACUUUGAAGAUUGGUUUAAAAUACAGUGGAUUAAUGAUGACUAUCUCGACCAGUCGAACAGACCUGCUCGAGAUGCCAAAAAGGAGGAAGAUGACGAGGGAGAGACAUUGAACGAAUUCCUGAAUAACGACACGCCAUUUUCCUGCUGUCACCCACGCUCCAUUCGACCCUGUAUUCAUCACAAGGUGCUCGACAACGAUGCCCACUUCCGCUACGACUUCGAGCUAAGUUUUACGAUUCACAAGACGGGCUGCAAACAUCGGCUCAUGGAGUACUUCAACAAGAAGCUUAACAUCAUCGGCGGGUGUGUUAUGGGUCUUUGUGGACUACAGGUACUGUUAUGAGACAACGAAAUAUUCUACAAUUAUUCUAGUUUCCAAAGCUUAUGGAAUUCAGCAGUAGAAGCAUUAUUCUCCCUAUCCAAAAUUCAAAUUCAAAUUCAAACUUUAUUGAUUUCAAUCCAAACAG